AUGAACAACUACGGUGCUGAGGAUGAGUAUUAUGUUAACUUCAACCAAGAUCAGGAGUCGUUGUUGAGAUCUAGGCUUGGUAGUCACAGAUCAGGUAGCACAAAAAGAGCGGGAUCAUUGGUGAGACCUGAAAGAAAUAGGUUUAACAAUCCUGAUAAUCCUCAUUAUUACUAUGUUCAAAAAGCACAAGAACAGAAAGACCAUUUAGACAUUCAGCCAUCAACAACUGGUGUUCUACCGACACCAGGUCUGAGGAGGACAGCUGAAUCUUCAGGAUCUCUAAACUCUUCAGUUAAUCUUCCAUCGUCUAGAAGUAGACGUAAUCUAUCUGAAGUUCAAGAGGAUUUCCCCAUGCGUGAUAUGAGCGGUAAGGGUACCAGAGAUGGUAAUAGUAAUAGCGGUCCGAACGACCUCCAUAACGAAGAUUUGAUGGAAUUAGAGCAUGAAGAUUAUUUAUCCGAGGAAAACCCAGUUUUAAAAGCUCCUAAGCCAGCGGCUCCGGAUUUGAGAAAUAAAAAAUCUAAACCGCUAUCACCAUGGAUGAUCUACUGUUAUGUGGUAACCUUUUGGGCUCCUGCGCCAUUAUUAUCGCUGUUUGGUAUGCCAAAGAAGGAGAGACAAAUGGCAUGGAGAGAAAAAAUGGGACUUUUAUCAGUAAUUUGUUAUGUGGGUGUUUUCGUUGCAUAUCUGACAUUUGGGUUUACUAAGACUGUUUGCAGUAGUAGUAAGCUACGUCUACGUAACAAUUAUGUGGAUCCUGGUUACAUGAUUAUGAAUGGUAAAGCAUUUUCCCUGGAUUCUUCAUCACACCCAGCUGCCGCUGGUAUAGACGCUGGUGCUAAUGUUUUAUACCCACCAAUUAACGGUAGCGGUAAAGAUGCAUCGUUUCUUUUCCAAAAUGUUAAUGGUAAUUGUCACGAUUUAAUCAAACCUAGGGAGAAUUGUACCAUCCCUCAUGAUGACGAUAAUAAUUUGGCCUGGUAUUUCCCCUGUGCACUUUUUUCUCAAGAUGGGAGUACCAAACCUAAUUUUACCAAACCAAGAUAUUAUGACGGCUGGGCGUGUCACACUUCCAAGGCUGCAAGAGAUGCCUAUUAUAGUCUGGAAAGUUCUGCUGAUGUUUAUUUCACCUGGGAUGAUAUAAGAAAUUCUUCGAGAAAUUUGGUGGUUUACAAUGGGCACGUUCUUGAUCUAAACCUAUUGGAUUGGUUAGAAAGAGAUCAAGUUACUUACCCGCCAAUGUUUGACGAUAUGCGUCAUUCGAAUUUGCAAGGUUACGAUUUGUCUAUCAUUCUGGCAACUAGUCAUGAAAAGAAAGUAGCUCGUUGUCUGACUGAAAUCAUUAAAGUGGGUGAAGUAGAUUCAAAGACAGUUGGGUGUCUGGCAUCAGAUGUGGUGCUUUAUUCUUCACUGGUGUUCAUUUUAUCCGUUGUCAUCCUGAAGUUUUUAGUCUCCUGUUAUUUCAGUUGGGUUGUCGCUAGGAAGCAAGGUGCAUAUGCAGUGGAUAACAAGACUAUGAAUAGGCAACUGAAUAACAUUGAAGAUUGGUCCGAAAACUUGUACUCUCAAGGUCCUAUGAAGAAAGUGGCACCUGAAUUAAGACCCGGACAUCGUAAUAACCCCAGUAGACAAUCUAAAUUUGACAUUUUCAAGAAGCGCGGCACCAGAUCUUUUGGUGUUAAUGAAAUCACAAAUGAAAUGGAUAAUGAUGAUGAUUACUUGUUUGCGGAUGGUAGUUACAAAGGUAUGACUACUAUGACCACACAAAAUGCUAACAAGUUGCAAAACGGAAAUCAAUCUAGUAGUGGAAGUGGUGCUUCCAAAUUCCAUGUACGUAACCAAUCUGCCAUGUUUUCAUCCAAUUCUAUGAUGCUCGGUGGACCAAGUGCUGCACCUGUGCCAGUACCUUCCUCGAUCGAAUCCCUAGACACUUCAAUCAUUCAUCCUGAUUGCGUACAACAACCACCUCUGAACCAUAUGCCCUUCGGUUAUCCCUUGAUCCAUACAAUGUGCUUUGUGACAUGUUACUCUGAAGAUGAACAAGGUUUGAGAACAACUUUAGAUUCUCUUUCGACUACAGACUACCCCAAUUCUCAUAAACUGAUCAUGGUGGUCUGUGACGGGUUGAUCAAAGGUUCUGGUAAUGAUCAAACUACACCUGAAAUUGUUCUUGGUAUGAUGGAUAAUUUCGUGGUACCACCAGAGGAUGUUCAACCUCACUCUUAUGUUGCUGUUGCCUCCGGUUCUAAGCGUCACAACAUGGCCAAGAUCUACGCAGGUUUCUACAAAUAUAACGAUGAGACAGUUCCACCGGAGAACCAACAACAGGUACCUAUGAUUACUGUGGUCAAAUGUGGUACACCAGAUGAACAGGGUUCUGCUAAACCUGGUAAUAGAGGUAAGCGUGAUUCUCAAAUCAUUUUGAUGUCUUUCUUACAAAAGAUGACCUUUGAUGACAGAAUGACAGAAUUGGAGUUCCAAUUGUUGAAGAAUAUAUGGCAAAUUACGGGUCUCAUGGCUGAUUAUUAUGAGACUGUUAUCAUGGUGGAUGCUGAUACUAAAGUCUUCCCAGAUUGUUUAACGCAUAUGAUUGCUGAGAUGGUAAAGGAUCCAUUAGUGAUGGGUCUAUGUGGUGAGACAAAGAUUGCCAAUAAGGCCCAAUCAUGGGUCACCAUGAUCCAGGUGUUUGAAUAUUAUAUUUCACAUCAUCAAGCUAAGGCGUUCGAAUCCGUUUUUGGAUCUGUGACCUGUUUGCCAGGUUGUUUUUCCAUCUAUAGAAUCAAAUCUCCAAAGGGACCUGAUGGGUAUUGGGUCCCAAUUUUGGCCAACCCUGAUAUUGUGGAACGUUAUUGUGAUAAUGUCACAGACACUUUGCAUAAGAAAAACUUGUUGUUAUUAGGUGAAGAUAGAUUUUUGUCAUCGUUGAUGUUAAGAACUUUCCCCAAGAGAAAGCAAAUAUUUGUUCCUAAAGCUGCUUGUAAGACAGUGGCUCCUGAUGAAUUCAAAGUUUUGCUUUCUCAACGUCGUCGUUGGAUUAACUCCACGGUGCACAAUCUUUUCGAGUUGGUUUUAAUCAGAGAUCUUUGCGGAACCUUCUGUUUCUCAAUGCAAUUUGUUAUUUUUAUUGAAUUGAUUGGUACUCUAGUUUUGCCUUUAGCCAUUUGUUUUACCAUUUACGUGGUGAUCUUUGCCUGUGUCAGUAAACCCACUCCUAUCAUUACAUUGGUGCUGUUGGCGAUUAUUCUUGGUCUGCCAGCUUUAAUUGUUGUUGUCACGGCAACUAGAUGGUCCUACUUGGGGUGGAUGUUCAUCUAUCUCUUAGCAUUACCAAUUUGGAAUUUCGUUUUACCUUCUUAUGCAUAUUGGAAAUUCGAUGAUUUCUCCUGGGGUGAUACUAGAACCAUUGCAGGUGGUAAUGGGAAAGGUGGUCAUGAUGAAAAUGAAGGUGAAUUUGACCAUUCCAAGAUUAAAAUGAGAACUUGGAGAGAAUUCGAAAGAGAGGAAAGAAUUGCAAGAGCAGAGAAGUAA